AUGGGCAAUACAGAUAGCAAUGCAAGCAUUAAGGCCUUGCAUAUGAACUACAUGAUGAUUCGUGAUAUAGAGGAUGAUCCAAGAUAUGGGAACGGUAGGAUAGUGAGAUAGAAACAGACAAAACAGGAGGCAUUUUAGAAGGAAAUGAAUAUAACAGAUGAGGAUUAAUUCAAGAAAUUGAAACUAAUGUUUUAGAGGAUGGAAAGUAAUACAUACGAAAACCUUAUUAAUGUUACUAGUAUAUUUAAAGUUUGCAUAUGUAGAGCUAUAUUUUCAUAAGGAAAGUCAAUUCUUCGGUCAAUUAUUUAAAAUUUACAUUUUGCUAGAAUAUAUUCCAUCAUCCCUAAAAGACCACAUCUAGAAAAGAUUAGUUAAUAAAUAAUAGUUCAAGGAAAGAGAUCUAAUUCAGAUUUUAAAAGGAUGCAUUGAGGCAUUAUUCGUUUUGCAAUUUUACAAUAUAACUCAUCAAGGGAUACGGCCAGAGACUAUUUCCUAUUCAGAAUAAUAGCAGUUAGUGAAAUUGACAGAUCCUACUGUGAGUGGAGUGUUAAGUUCUUAUCAAUUGGUAGUGUAAGAAGACUUGAAAUAAAUCAAUUAGUGUUAUUUGAGUCCCUAGUUGAUGCAAUCUUUGAAUGAUGAAGUGCAACCUUAACAUAACCCCUAUAAAAGUGAUGUGUAUUCAUUGGGAAUGACAAUGCUUUACCUCUCAACUCUCGAUAACUGUAAUGAUUGCUAUGAUAUCCCUAAAUUAAGAGUGGUGGUUUAGCAAGUUUAACGUAGGUUACAAUAGAUGGAGACUUAAUUUUCGUCAUAAUAUGUUUCAUUCUUAAAAAGAAUGUUAUUAUUGAAUGAGGAUUAGAGACCGGAUUUCAUUCAAUUGAAGUCUGAAUUGAAAGCAUCUCUGUCAUCAUAAUGUUAUGAGGAAGAAUAGGUUAUUCAAAUAAAAAAGGUUCCGAUUGUUUAAGUGCAAGCUUACGAAUAAGUUAUUGACACCAUUCCAAUUCAAUUAUAGAGUGUCUAGAUGGCUACGCAAUCUGAAGAGAGACCUAAUCUGAGAAUUCAGCCAUCCAUAAGAAAUAGUUAAAUUUAGAAAUCUUAAGAAUUAAGACAGUCUCAAUAUAGCAAUUAAUCUAUUUACAUUGAUGGCAGUUAAGUAAAAGAAUUGAGACCAGAUUUAUGUGAUCACAUUAAAAUAGUAAUCAACUCUGGUAUCAUAUUAGUUACCCUUGUCUGAAUAAAUAGCUGAACCAUCACGAAUAGAUAAUAAUAUUGGUAAUCAAAUUGGCAUAGAACACUUUACAGAUAUUACUCAUGAACAUGAUCAGUAAUAGGUAUUAAUGCCAGUUACCUCUUUUGAAACAUCCUCAUAAUAUGAACGGUUUUUAGAAAUGUAAAAUUCCAAAUCCAUUAAUAAUCUGUCAGAUUAAUCACACAAAGUUGAUUACAAUAUGCGACUCAAUUCAUCUAAUACCCAAAGAUCUGGAUAUGAAAAGGUCAUAGAACUCUAUCCCAAUGGGUCUAAAUAUGAAGGUGAGAAAAAGAAUGGAGUGAGAGAGGGUUAUGGUAUUUUUUUGUUUUAAGACAACGGCGGAGUUUAUAAGGGUCAAUGGCAUGAUAACAAAAUGCAUGGGAUUGGUAACUAUUUAUUAUAAUCAAAGGAACCCUCUUUUAUGCAUCAGGCAAACCUGCAUAUGAGGGACAAUGGUUUCAUGAUAAGUUUUAGGGUAAAGGCACUUUGUAUAAUGAAGAACCAUAAAGGUUGUUUGGUGAAUUUGAUUAUGGGGAUUUUGAUUAAGUUGGAGAGUAUGUAUUUUGAACAAAUCUUAGAUAUUGGACCUAAUAUAUUGGGCAAUUCAACGAUGACAAUAAGGAGGGACAAGGAACUCUCUAUUUGUCAAAUGGUGAGAAAUUUGAAGGCACCUUCCUUUAGGACUUAAUUAGCGGUUUUGGAAGUUACGUCAAAGCAAAUGGAUAAGUAGUUUAAGGAAGAUGGUGGAGAAACAAACUAUAAUAAUGA